AUGGCAAAUCAAACUGUCGCCAACUUCAUUACGUUACCGGUAGAACUUGUCUACCGAAUUCUCGAUCAUCAAUCAAAUUUCACAAUUGUAUGCUCAAUGAGAAACACAUUUUCAACACUCGAUUUCGCAUACAAAGAAAUCCAAGAAGUUGAAGCACAACAACUGGCUGGUGCAUUACGACACAAUACAACACUCACCACACUAUAUCUUCAACAUAAUCAAAUCGGAUAUGUUGGAGCACAAUAUUUUGGCGAUACCCUAACCUCACUGCAUUUAUGGGGGAAUGUAAUCGGAGAUGUUGGAGCGCAAUAUCUGGCUGGUGGAUUACGAUACAACUCGACACUCACCACAUUACAUCUUGGUGAAAAUCAAAUCGGAUAUCUUGGAGCAGAGUAUUUGGGUGGUACAUUAAAACAUAAUACUACACUCACUUCACUACAUCUCUGGGGGAAUGAAAUCGGAGAUAUUGGAGUACAAUAUUUUGACAAUGGAUUACGACAAAAUAAAACACUCAUCACACUAAAUCUUCAACAUAAUCAAAUUAGAGACAUUGGAGCGCAACAUUUGGCUGAUGCAUUGCAACAUAAUAAAACACUCACCACAUUGAAUCUUCUUGGAAAUCAGAUUGGGGAUGUUGGAGGACAACAUUUGGGCAAUGCAUUGCAGCACAACGCAACAUUGACUUCACUAAAUCUCUGGGGAAAUCAAAUCGGAAAUGUUGGAGCACAAUAUCUAACUGAGGGAUUACGACAUAAUAAAAAUCAAAAAAAAAUCGAUGAUAACAAACAAAUUAUUGUUGUUCACAAUGAUUUACCUACCAACGAUUGGACGUCUCUCUUUGAACUUUUGAACAAAGAUAACUUAUAUUUUGGUGUCGCUAAUGGUCGAUCUUUUUAUGAACCGUGUCUUCCAUCGAAUUCAUUUGCAAUAGGUUAUUCAUCAGCAGCUAUUCAUUGGCUUUCUCGCAAGCCAUGUAAUUUAUCAAAUCAUUGCUCAUUUCAAUUUGCUCAAGGCGACGAAUUCAUAAUGUAUCAAAAGCAAGCACGUCUCGACUUAGCUCAAUUUAUCGAGCAGCGUUCUCGUGAACUUCAGUUAGGUGGAGUUUUGAUUCUAAGUAUAGUCGGUGUUGAUGAGCAAGGUUUCGUCGGAUCUGAAAAGACUCUUGAUGCUCUCUACAAAUGUGCACAAUCACUUCUAGAACAACAAGAGCUCUUGGAUUACACAAUUCCAAUAUAUAAUCGGUCGUUAAAUGAAUGUAUUGAUCUCGAACUGUUUGAUCGAUGUUCAUUGAAAUUAAUCAAAUCAGCUUCUAAAAAAACAAGAGCACCGUUCUAUGAUCAAUAUCUUGAUGGUAAAAUGACAUUAGAUGACUUUGCACGGACUCGCACUCAGAUUAUGCGUAGCUAUACUGAAUCACCACUACGUCAAGCUCUGGAAAUUAAUGGUCGAUCGAAAGAAGAUGUUGAGAACGUGUUAACUCAUUUUUGGUCUAUGUACGAACAAGAAGUAAAGACAACACCGAGUGAUCAUGACUCUGCAAUGUUUUGUAUCUAUCUCAUUCUAAAAAAAUGUUAA